AUGGGUUACACGGAGCGGAGAACGAAAUCCAGCAGUAAAACAGCUUCUCCUUCAUCAACUUCGAUUUCGGACAGAACAUUGACAGGUCUCGGGAACCUUAUCAAGCUCCUUCCGACCGGAACCGUGUUCGUAUUCCAGUUCCUUAACCCUGUCUUAACCAACUACGGCCAUUGCAGCCCUGUGAACAAGGUCCUCACCAGCAUCCUCAUUGCCCUUUGUGGCUUCUCAUGUGCUUUCUCUUGCUUUACGGACAGUUACGAAGACGGUGACGGCAGGGUUCAUUAUGGUAUCGCCAUCGUUAACGGUCUCUGGCCGUCUUCGGGUUCGGUCGGGUUAUCCAAGUACAAGCUGAGGGUUGGUGAUUUCGUUCAUGUGUUUUUCUCCGUCAUUGUGUUUGCUUGUUUCUAUCCGUCUUUUGAGUCCACCGAGAAGGUUCUGCUCAUGGUUUUGCCGCCGGUUAACGGAGCGAUUUCGGGAUCGGUUUUCGUCGUGUUUCCGAACACACGACAUGGUAUUGGCUACCCUUCGACUUCGUCGAGUGAUGUGUAG